AAAAUUCAGUUUAUCCAGCUGAUCCAGCAGCAGGCAGCUUUCCCUUCUCUAAAGCACUAUCAAGUUCUCUCUGUAAUAUACAAUAUUUCAGACACUGGGAUUCUAAAUUUUUCAGAGUUAUAACAGAAAUUAUUGCCCUUUGCGUCUGACAUCGAGAGACAAAUCUAGAAAAACAUUGAUCAUGGCUACUAGAUUCUCGGGCAUUGAACUUGGACCUCCCAUUGAAGUUUUUGCCCUUCAAAAAGCCUAUGUGGACGAUACGUUUGAAAAUAAAGUGAAUCUCGCAGUAGGAGCUUACCGAACAAGUGAGGGAAAACCAUGGGUCCUGCCAGUUGUUCAAAAAGUCGAGCAAAGUUUAGCUCAAGACAAAUCGCAGAAUCAUGAAUAUUUACCGGUUCUUGGUUUGGAUGCAUUUUCAAAAGCAGCAACAAGUAUGUUAUUAGGCGCCAAUUCAUCAGCAAUCACGGAGAAUCGCGCAAUUGGAAUUCAAACAUUAUCCGGAACCGGUGCAUUGAGAGUAGCCGCCGAAUUUUUAUCUCGCAUUCUUCAUUACGACACAUUCUACUAUAGCACACCAACCUGGGAAAAUCAUAAAUUGGUGUUUAUGAACGGAGGAUUUAAGAAAGGAUGCGAAUAUCGUUAUUGGGACGCAAAAAAAAGAGGAAUUGAUCUAGAAGGAAUGUUGGCGGACUUAAAAAAUGCGCCCGAAAAUGCAGUUAUAAUUUUGCACGCUUGUGCUCAUAAUCCAACUGGAUGCGAUCCUACUUUAGAGCAAUGGGCAAAAAUUGCCGAUGUGAUAGCAGAAAAACGACUCUUUCCCCUAUUCGACAGUGCAUAUCAGGGAUUCGCCAGUGGAGAUUUGGACCGAGAUGCUGCGGCAGUGCGCAUGUUUGCUGACCGAGGUAUCGAAUUCAUUUGCACUCAAAGUUUUGCCAAAAACUUUGGUCUCUAUAACGAACGUGUGGGAAACAUGGCCAUUGUCUUCAACGAUCCUAAACAAAUUGUCGAAGUUAAAUCACAAAUAACUCUAAUUAUUCGUGGAAUGUACAGUAAUCCACCGAAUCAUGGUGCUCGAAUUGUCUCCACUGUUCUGAAUAAUUCCGAACUCUACGAGCAAUGGAGGGAUCACAUUCGCACGAUGUCGGACAGAAUAAAAAAAAUGCGAUCAGGACUCUAUGAGAGACUAGUAAAAUUAGGCACUCCUGGCAAUUGGGAACACAUUGUCAAUCAAAUCGGAAUGUUUUCCUACACUGGACUCAAUGAAAAACAAGUGGAGCAUCUGGUAAAAAAUUAUCACAUCUAUUUACUUCGCAGUGGUCGCAUUAACAUGUGUGGACUAAAUGAACACAAUGUCGAUUAUGUUGCAAAAGCCAUUGACGAUGCAGCUAAUCAAUUCUAAUCUUUCGAAAAUUGAAUCAGAAAAUUUUAAUCUGCGUUCUGAAGAGUACAAAAAAACAACUUGAGUCCUAGGCAUUUAAUGACGUUGUUAGAGUCAAAAAUAUUGUUAAUAAUAAUCGAAGCUCCCCUUUCCAAUUUCCCCUAAAAAAUACAAAUUAUGGAAAUUUUAUUGUCAGUAGACUCCCAAGUUUCUUUGGACCAACAAAUUAGAAUAUUAAAUAGUGUACAUAUAAAAUAGCGCUGCAAUUGAAAAUGAUAUUUUAAUACAAUUUAAUCAGUUAAAAAUAUCAGCGUUGACAAUUUCGUAAAAUUUAAUUUUAAUUUUUUUUUCUACGAAAUUUUGGUUUUAAUUCUUUUAUAUCUAAAAAAACAAAGGGUCCUACGAGAGCAAAUAUUAUAUAUAUACAAUUAUAUUGUUAUAAUAACAAAAAAACAAUCAGUAUGUGCCAAGCUGAUUCGUUGACAAUACAAUAUCAUUUUAAAUAUAAACAUAAAAUUUAAUUAAUAUUUCAAUUAUAUGAAUUUCCAAUAUUAAAUAUACCGAAAAAAUGGCUAAAUCAGUUUUCAGGCAAAGUUUGAAAUUUAAAUCAGAUUUUUAAUUCGGUGGCCUUAAAUGACACAAUGAAGAAAACAAUUUUUAGCUGAUAACUGCCAAGAGAAAUAUAAAUAAUUGCAAUUCUCCCAAAAUGGAAAUUUCAUCAAAUGCAAAUAUUUCUUUUUAUAAACUAAAAAAUAAUUGCAAAAAUUGUCCCAAUAUGGAAAUUUUAUCAAAUGCAAAUAUUUCUUUUUAUAAUAUAAAAUUUGACAAAAUUUUGUCUACAAAAAAUUUUUAAAUUACUUUGGAAAUAUUAAAUUAGAAAACUAUUUUUCACCAAAUAUUAAAAUUUAUCAAAAAAUAUAUCAAACAAGGAGAAUUAUAAUUGAGUUAAACGAGUUGCUAAUUAGAAAUAUUUUAAGUCCUAAUUCGUUAUACUUUGUUUAAAUAUAGAACAAUUGUGGAAUUUGAUAAAUGUUAAAUUUUUCUGGCGCAUUCACUAAUUUUUGUAGUGCGCUUUCUAAGAGAAAAAUUUGCGUAUAGUUUAAUUUUUCAGUGUUAAAAGCUACUUGUACCUUUUUGAGAAAAAAUUUGAAAAAAAUUUAGAACAUUCCAAAGAUUUUCAAAUAUAAGUAAAAAAUGGAAUAAUAUCUAUGAAUGUAGUAUUAAAAUUUGUCAAAUAUGCUCAAAAAAUCGAUUGAAUUUGAGAGCUUAUUAAAAAAUAGUUUUUAGCUGUUUGAAAUAAAAAUUCGACCAAAA